AUGGUCACAAUUAGGCACGUUUCAAGACGGAAAAGAGAGGAAGAGAAGGAGAAGGAAACAAAAAAAGGGGUAGGAAACGAAGGGAGAAAAAAAGAAGAGAAAAAUUUUAUUUUUCCUUCAAAAUCUUUAGUCUUCGAAUCCAUUCAAAUCCUUUCCUUCCAAAUAGUUAGUCUUCGAAUUCCAUGUCAUGAAGCUGAAUCUGAGAUGAUUAUAAAUUUGAGGCCAAAAGUUGAAUACUCAUCCAAGUUUAUGCUUAAAGGAGAUGAUGAAAAACGGUGUUCUAUAUGCUUGGAUGACUAUGAAGAUGGAGAAAUGGUAGAAUUUCUAGAUUGCUUCCAUCUUUUUCAUGGUGAUUGUAUUGAUAAAUGGCUUCCCUUGAGUCAGACUUGUCCUGUUUGUCGUCAUCAGUGCUGA